GCCGUUUCGGAUGAUCCGUGGUGCUGAGUCCGGAAUUGCGCACUACACUACACUACACUACACUACCGUACUAAAUAGGGCGUUAAAAACGCUGAGCCACGCUGUAUCGUACUAUUUGAAGAUACUACAUAGUUGGUUAGUAUGUAGUACGAGAGACCUUAGAGAGAGAGAGAGAGAGAGAGAGAGCACUGUUGGAGAAAGGCAUCACGUAAAGCAUCACAAUGAUGGAGGUCUCCACAAGGAGGAUGCGAAAUCUGGUGCCAGCAAGGCCACUGCGCAGACUAAAUAGUAAUCAAGUGCUCCAGACAGAUGCUGUGGCUGAGCCUGUGGAGAAGCCAACAGAAAGAGCACUAAACACAAUAACAGUGGAGCAUUUUUAUAAACUACUUAUGCGGCACAGCCAAAGUCAAGCAGCUGCCAAACCAGAGAGAAUAUCAUACAGCAGAGACUUCUUGAUAAAGUUGGCAAAUUCACCAAUGGCAAAGAUAAAACCAGACUUUCUACCAGAUCACCCAAUAGUUCUGGACAAGGGGAGGGAACCAGACUCAAACAACGUGAUUGGCAACAACUGCGCUAAAGGGAACAUGUUUCCUGAAUAAUGAUUCCUCUCGAUGAUGGAAUUUCAACAGAAGCUUACAAGCAACGAGAAUUUGUACUCUGAAAAAAUUUACAGUACUGUAUGUCAUUGUCUUUGUGGAAAGUUUCCAUUGUGACCAUUGACAUGAUUUAAUUUUGGCAUUUAGAUCACAACCAGCAGUUUCCAUUUUCAGUGUAAAGUGUGUGUGGUCUUUAAUUCUUACUUACUAACAAGCACUACGAUUACCUUGUGUGGCUUUUUUUUUUUUUUUUGUGAAAGUGAAAGACUUAACAGAGCUUUGAAUUUAGGAAUGUAGUAUAGAGUUGUUCUGCACUUUGUCCCUGAGGACACUGUAUGCCUGGGGUCUACAAUAUGCAAAGUAUACAUGAUUCCAGAUUAGACUAAACUUUCUGCACAUAUUUAUUUGCCAAAAUGGACCUUGCUGCUUGUAUGUCAGUGUGCCUAAGUGUAAAUAAGGUGAAUAAAGGGGUUUUCGAUCUGUGCAAGCAUUUUGAGCUGUCAUAUUUAACAUGGUACUUUUCAUUUACCAAAGUCAAUGCAUGCACUCAUUUUACUUUUUGUUUGAAAUAUAUCUAAAAUCAAUAUUUGUACAUAUUGUAUUUUGUAACUGUUUUGUUACAUGUUAUAGUCUUGAAAAACAAAUACAAGUCUUAUGCAAGAAAGUUUUUAGUUGUGAAAUUAUUCCACUUUGAGGGGGAAACCAUGGAUGACAUGUCAAUGUUAAUUGUGUGUGUGUGUGUGUGUGUGUGUGUGUUCCACGUAAGAACACACAGUUGAAGCAUGCAACUGUGGUAAGAUUGCGUAAGGUGCACCUAUAACGAUGUUCUGUAAGCGGCAUCCAAGCCAACGACCAUCAUAGUUUAGGGCUGCAACUAGCGAUUAUUUUCAUAAUCUGAUGGGGGCGGGGCAAACUUUCAGUACCAUUUUUUCAUUCAUUUAAAAUAAAAUACACAAACUGAGCGUUACAAAUAUAAACUAUUGACUAAAAGUUUACACAACUGUUUGUCCAAUUAUAUAAGACUGAAAAGAACCCAAUACACACACACACACACACCAGAAUAUAUAUUAUUCAUUUAUAACUGUAGUUUAAUUCAGUGCUUUUUGUACAUCCAUAAAAAUAAUGCAUAAAUACUUAUAUAUAAUAUAAGCUAUAAGUUUAUAUUAUAUAAUAGU